CGAGACCUAAGCUGCAGGUCCCGUGCAAGCUGCCAAUCCGUUCGAAAUAUGAAGCCACUACUAUCUGCGCCUUUACAUCUCAAUUUCCUGUCGAUUUGAGCCGGUUGUCCGAGGUAGGCCGUACCUUUAUUCUGAGCUGAAGGGAGGUACCCACUUCGGAGGCAGGUUUAUAUCGUCAUGCUAUUCGUGGAGCCGCUCCCCGCAAGUUUCUCAAGAAGUAUUAUCCCCGCGAAUUUUAUUUUUUAUAAAUCAAGUCAAUGCCACCUUGCAGCUCAGGGCCGGAUAAGGGGUACAAACGGACACAAUGGCUAAGGCGCGAUUGAGGGGUUGGACCCCCGGGGGGAUAUGGCAGGCGCUGGGUAUGGACAAGCACACGUUCCUCAUGAUGCUGAAAGGAGCGCUGCCGCCAACGAUUGUGAUAUGCAUGUUCCAAGCUAGCGCGGUCGCAAAUCUUACGCAAAAUUAUGGAUAUAUCACGCCGAUAAUGGCGGUCAUUGCGCAGUGUCUGUUGCCUCGUGCGAAAUAUAUGAAGAUAAUGCUAUUUACUGCCCUGGCAACAUGUGUGUCUGCGUCGUUGUGCUGCCUGGGCAUCUACUGCACGAUCAAGGCGAGGGAACACACCAGUCCACCGGGGGCUCCCCCAGGAGGGUAUAACAGCAGCGCGAGUGCAGUGGCAGCGAUUUGGUUUUUAUUUGCCAUUUGGGUUGCCAAUUCACUGCGUGCCUGGCACCCGAAUGAGCUGCAGAGCCCUAUGGCCUCAUUUUCCGUCUUCAUUGCGGUUACCAUGACCAGAGCCCCCACUAUGCCAACGCUAUCUUUCGGCCUGACCUACGUGAGGUUGCUGCUGAUAGCGUUUUUAAUCGGUUUUGCGGUUGCUACCGGAGUGUCUCUGAUUAUCUUUCCGACAACUAGCCGGAGUGUAAUCUUUCACCAACUACGAGGCUAUCCGGCUGUUGUGAAAUCAUUGCUUGACCAACAGAUCUCAUACGUCAAGUCGACUGAGAGUGACGGUCCCUGGAAAAUUACCCGGAUGGCAACAAUCGUAAGGCGAGCGACAUUGGGCUCCUUAGGUACUGGUAAUGUCGACGAACAUAGUGCAAAGGAGCCAGCAACAACCUUUGAAUCGCCUGGCUUGAAGGCUGCCAUCGGGAAAAUCAGCGCUAUCCAUUCCUGGGUUAAUGCUGAAAUGCACUACGCCAAACAAGAGGUAGUUUGGGGAACGUUGUCUGCUGAAGACCUUGAAACUCUUGUUUCGUUGCUGAGGUCUCUGUUCUUGUCCUUGGCAGGUGUUGCUAUGCUUCCACGUAUUUUUAAGAGACUUACCAAGGCGAUUCCACCACAAGGCGCGGCUACGGACGCGGGAAACCUCGAAAGUCUAAGGCAAGAAGAUAUCACUACCAGCCCUAUAGUGGAAGAUUCUCUAUAUGAAACACCUGAGACCACUCAGGAGCAUUUCGUUCGCCCCUUGUGUGAUCGCCUGGAGACCGCUAAAGCACUUGUUAACUCUGGUAUACAACAUGCUUUUGUCACUCUUCAAAUUUCGAAACCUAAGGAUUUUGCCACGGUCAUUAGGGGACGAAGAUUUUCUUUCGUUUCGAGGGAUGAAGAAGAUGGUUCCACAACAAGGCCAGGGCAUGAGGAUUUCACUGCUGAUUUUGAGAAGAAACUCUAUGACUUUUACUCCCAACGCAAGAAUCUGCCGCGCCAUUGGGCUUCCCUUAACGCAUUUGCACCCGUUGAAAACGAGGAGCAAAGCCGGUCCGCUGAAAUUCGCGAAAUUCGAAAGGAAUUUUUUGUUUUGCUGUUUAUCGGUCACCUUCAAGAUAUCCUUCUCCAGGCGGUUUUAGAUCUUGUCAAAUUCGCAGAUAGUAAAGUUGCGGACGGCACCAUGAGACGAAAACGUGUGAUAUUUCCAAAAUCAGAAUAUAUCAAGCAAUGGAUUUUCGGCGGCUGGCCCGGCGAAGACGAAAAGGUGGAAAGCGAAAUUCCUGUUGUAGGCGAGCAGACGGACUAUGAGCCUACUAUCCAUGGGAGGGAUCCCUUAGAAAGCCGCUUUGCCGACCCGGAGCACCUUCCCCCCGUCAAUAGGUGGCAGAGAUUUGGAAACUGGCUUCGUCGACUCUCGCAUUUACUUAGCUCCAAGGAGAGCGCGUUUGGGUUGCGGGUUUCGGUUGCAGCAUUCUGCGUGGCAAUCCUGGCUUACUUGCAACAGACACAACAUUUCUUUUAUAGCAAUCGGAUCAACUGGGCUGUGAUUGUGAUUGUCAUCGGUAUGAGCCCUAUCAGCGGGAAGUCGCUGUUUGGCCUGAUGGGGCGGAUUGUUGGAACUGUGCUCUCGACGAUAUUGGCUUUUGUGGUUUGGUAUAUUGUAGCUGAGAGGACUGCGGGAAUCUUGGUGUUUCUUUAUAUUGGAAACUUUCUUCAAUAUUAUUUCUACGUCAAGUUUCCGCGUUUGAUUCCGGCAUGCAUCAUUGCAUUAAUCACCUUCAAUUUGACCAUAGGGUAUGAGCUUCAGGUUCGAAAGUUAGGGAAUGCAGUUUCGGCAUCAACUGGACUGACUGUUUUCCCUAUCUAUCUGUUUGCGCCCUAUCGGCUGGUUGCAGUGAUGGCCGGAUGUGCCAUUUCGUUUAUUUGGGUAAUGUUUCCGAGCCCAACGACGGCUGGUUCUCACGUCCGUAAAACUCUUGGGCGCGGCCUUUUUGUUCUUGCGACCUUUUACAAUUGCAUGCAUACCUCUAUUGAAGUAUGGAUCAACCAGGAACAAGGUGAUUUGAGCGACCCUCAAUCGCCAGCACGGUUGCUAGAAAAAGCUAGAAAUAAGCUAUUUUCCGAAGAAAUGUUCCUGCUUGCCGAGAUUCGAAGCCACAUCGAAUUCGUUAAAUACGAGCCACCCAUCGGAGGCCGAUUUCCCAAGGAGACAUAUGAAAAUAUCAGCUCAGAGAUCCAGACUAUAUUAACAAGUAUGGCUCUGAUGGCCCACGUCACUCGCAACGUGGACAGAAUGAUGCCCGAAGAAUUUCCAUACCGGGGAUCUGUCAGCUCCACCCGGAGAUGGAGCGCAAGUACGUGGAGCGACAGUUCCUCGGGGGGAGAGAAAUGGAUUAAACAUCUUGCGCGGGCAGCAAGUUCUCAGGAUUUCCAUUCUCAUGUCAUUACCUCCCUUCUUUAUCAUUUAUCCGCUGCAGUAUCAAACGGCCUUUCGUUGCCGCCCUAUCUAACCCCUCCCCAUGCGUUUCCACUGGCCAGGAAUCUAAGGCGGAUGAACGAAAAUUUGCUGGACAUUCGGAACAUCGAGGAUCCCUCCUUCUCCGCCUUUGUGGCGGUUGAAGUGUUGAGCUCAAUGGUGAACUCGAACCUGAAGACCCUUGUUAGUAACGUGAAAUUACUGGUUGGUGAGCUUGACUUCGACGUUUACGUCCGGCGGCACCGGCAUAGAUUGCGCGAGAAACGCGAAGAACGCGAGGAACAACGAAACGGAGAGGAGGAAGAUCGGCAUAACAAGGUUGGCUGAAAUGGCAAGUUAUUGGGAUAAAGGUUUAUAUUGAGGGACAAUGAUUGCCUAACUCUUCUAUCUCCAAAGCGAAGACUGUCGGAGGCGGUGGCCGGAUCGUCACAUUUUCUUGAAGGGCAGAGGCGCGAGAAAAAAAAAAAAAAAAAAGGGCCGUGAUGGCUUCAAUCGCCCCUAUGCAAGGGCUCUGGGACUAUCUUCCAUUGUCUUCACCUGCUCAAAGGCUUCUAGGAAUCCAGAUCCUGCUAUAGAAUACCUAGCAAAGAAGCUAGACUUCAUUCGCAG